GUCACUUCCUGUUUUUAGCUUAGCUUUACCUUCAGGAGACGCCGAGCGUUGUCAUUGACAAGUUUAAAUCAUGAGUGUAUUUAACAGCUGUAACAAGCUGGUGUCAACAGUAUUUAAAGGGAGCGUUUUACUGAGAGACACCGGUGUUUUUAGAGGCGUUUGUUCGAUUAACCGACACCAAUGUCAUAGUCUGCGUUUGCCUCGACAUUUGACACUGACUUCAGCCUCAUGUCUGCAGCGGCCUCACGUUUUCACCUGUCAUGUAGACUCAAGAAGAUGUUAUUCAGAAGUGUUCGGUGAAAGGCAAGAGGAGUCACCUGAGACGAACAGCCACAGCACAUCCCACAGUCAAAAAACCUCAAACUCUUUCACCCUUGAUGUGCUGGUGUCUCUACUGCGUCAGGAAAAUGCCGUGGACAUGUGUGUGAUCAAAGUUCCAGACCAGAUCAAAUAUGCCGAGUACUUCAUUGUCGUUAGUGGUGUUUCGCCGAGACACCUCCGUGCAAUGGCACUUUAUGCCGUCAAAGUGUACAAGUUUCUGAAGAAAGAUGGAGAUCCAAAUGUGAGGAUAGAAGGGAAGGACACAGAUGAAUGGAUGUGCAUUGACUUUGGUAAAAUAGUUGUUCACUUCAUGCUGCCAGAGACCAGAGACGAGUAUGAACUGGAGAAACUCUGGACUCUCCGCAAUUAUGACGAGCAGCUGAGGAGCAUCCCCGCUGAAAAGCUUCCAGAAGACUUCAUCUAUGAUGUUGACGUCACCAAGUGACAACACAACACAAAUCAUCCAGGUUUUUCAUGGACUUUGCCAAUUAAUGUAAAUGUUGGAAUCAUUCUGUUCCUAUUCCUGAGAGGAGAAACACUUUAACUUUGAGGAUUUUGACUUGUAUUCCACAUAAUUUGACCUUCAGAGGUUAUCAUAUCUGCAAGUUAAGUUGCAUGUUUUUAAGCUUGCUGCUAAAAAGUGGUUAAACAUUUUGAUGUUCAAAAAUAAAUAGUUUUCUACUGUUGAA